CGUCUGACUUUCGUUCACUCGCUUUUCACCUGUUGCUUUCGUUGCACUAGUUCCACGCCCUCAUUUUGCUGCCGCCUUUCGUUUGAACCCAUCACAGACUGUCAACACCAACCCCUUAUUGUAGCACAGACUUUGAGAACCCUCCAUAACUCUGGAUCCAUCGCGCUACUUUUACAAGCCACCAUGUCGCUCCGGCUUAUAUCUUUGGCCUUCAUUGCAAGCGCACUCGCAACUCCUCUGGAGAAAUUAGCACGCGACGCUUGCAACGCUUGCAAUCCUUCGGGUGCAACUGGAACCAAUCCACCCAGUAUCGGGACCGACCUAAGCUCCCUCUACACGGACGUCUUGGCUUCGGUGAAAGACAUUCAUUUCAGGGCGCGAUCAGCGGAUUCGGUUGAAGCUCGCGACGGCGGGUUUUGCUGCGCGGAGACGCUGGAUUGCGUUAACGUUCAAAAUCUGAACAUUCCCAUGUGUUACGACAAGUUCACCACGAACUUUGCAUUCGCAGAUCGUUCGUAUGGUUCGUUGACGACUGGGAAUUACACGCAAGGCGGUUCGGAGGCGAAUCUAUUCACUGGCCAGUAUUCGAAGGAUGGCACGGAAGGAAACAUUUACUCAGAGGAUCCCGCGGCGAAACCUAACACGGCAACUCUCUCGAUUCCUCCUCAAUGGACCGAAGCUGGUGUUGGUAGUGCGAUCCCCCCGACAGCGAUUGUAGGAAGUGUUUCCGUACCGGCGCAGACAUCUGUAGAGACGACUGCGACGGCAUCGGCACAAAGUUCAGGCCAGACCUCCGCCCCGUCAGGUACUGCUGCAUCCCAGGCAACCGGUUCCGCUACGUCAGGGAAUGAAGCUACUUCCGCAACGUCUACUCCAGGCGCUGCGGAUAAAGGCACUCCUUCGCUUAUUAUGGUGGGACUUGCAGCCCUGUUAUACGCUGUAUAGAGAAAGACACCCUGACGAAUUUGGGAAAAACGAUGAGGAUGAUACCCGUACUUGAUAAUGUUAAUUUCGCUUGUAAAUAUUCGGCGUGCUGUACAUAGACGAUCCGAAGAAUUGCACCACACUGGUAUGACGCAU